AUGCGAGUCAGUCAAUUACUGGAAGCGAAAGGUGGUAGUGGUAGUUCGUUCGCAGCAAAAGUUUUAAAAAGUUUUAUCGGGCGGGCGUGGUGUUUAUUUAAAAUUAUUUCAUUAUUUCAGUUAAAGAGUACCGUAGUAAAUAUAUUUUUUUAACAACAAACCAAUUUUACGCUAAAAGAUUGCAGAGAAACAAAUGCCACUGCAAUAGUUAAACGAAAACAUUUUGUGAGUGAAGUUUGUGUGAAGCAUUGCAUUCAUUCAAUGAUAAAUUUCAUGCAAAGUAUUAUUGGAAUCAAGAACCCCUUGGCAAAGUGUUGUGAAAAGCAUUUUUAAACGGUACUGGGAACAGAUCCACUGGUGCUCUACUUCUAUAGAAAGCAACGAAGCAACGAAGCAACUGUCAACUUUUUUGUGUUGUUCGAAAAGUUUCUCCAUAAAUUUAAUGUCAAAUUAAUCAACGAAAUCCAUAACUGAUCUUCGAUUGCAUUCUGAAAAAAAGUGUUACCCUCAGAAGACAACCUAACAUUUAAAACAUUGGACCAAUUAAUUGCACAACAAAGCCAAAGUGUCAAAGACGGCCUUUCAAAGUCAUUCAUCGCAUUUUAAUAUUCUCAUCUGUGUGCGCCCUAUUCCACUGGAAUUGCGUGGUUGUGUUGUUCGACAUUUAGCAUAAUACAAUAUUCACAUGGAUGUUUCAUCCAAAAAAACUAAAAAAUAUAAGUCGAAAAUUGUGUUUUCCAAUGCUUUUACGUUGAAAAUUUAGAGUCCGUUCGUCAAACACCAAGAGACCUAAAUUUCGUUUCGAGAAGUGUUAACAAAAUAUAAGAAAUAAGAAUUGCACGCAUACUGUGGUAACAAGCACAUAAAACUCGUUUUGGUCAUUGAGUUGCGUCGAUAUUGUGUAGUAUUUUUGCGGUGGUGUGUGGACGGUGUAAAGUGAUUCAUUCAGUAAAAUUGAAUCAAAAAACUUGUUGAGUAAAAAAAAAUUGUGUGGAAAUCGUGUGACAGAAUAUGCUGGCUGAAGGGGGUAUUCGAGCCAUUGGUGACGGGUUGCUGGAGAUCGCAACCGAACGAAUGCAAGCAUUGCUUGUGAAAGAGGAUAUCAAUGAAAUAUACGAUGUUGAACAGACACCGUUUGCAAGAGGAAAAUUUGCUACCGUACGCCGGGCCGUACACAAAAAAACUGGCGUUCAUUUUGCUGCCAAAUUUUUGAGACGCAGGCGUCGAGCUCAAUGUACAUUGAAGGAAAUUGGCCAUGAAAUUGCGAUUUUAAUGAUGUGUGCCGACUCAAAGCAUAUCGUCAAAUUGAAUUCAGUACACGAAACCAAAUCGGAAACCGCACUAAUUCUGGAGUUAGCGACUGGUGGUGAGUUACAAGCAAUUUUAGACGACGAACGGGUCUUGACUGAAGCACAAGCUCAAAUUUGUAUGCGAGAAAUUCUAAAGGCUCUACAGUACUUGCACAAGAAAUACAUUGCCCACUUGGAUAUUAAACCACAAAAUAUAUUGCUAUGCGGUGAUAAAGUUGAAGAUGGUCUUAAACUUUGUGAUUUUGGUAUUUCACGGAUUGUCGUUGAUGGCGGAAAAGUACGUGAAAUUUUAGGCACCGCCGAUUACGUGGCACCCGAAGUACUUCAAUUCGAACCGUUAUCACUGAAAACGGACAUUUGGUCAGUCGGCGUAUUAACGUAUGUCUUACUAACUGGAUGCAGUCCAUUUGGUGGCGACACAAAGCAGGAAACGUUUCUCAAUAUUUCCAAAUGUUUAUUGACCUUCCCCGAAGAACUGUUCGAAGAUGUGUCACCCGUUGCCAUCGAUUUCAUUAGAUGUGCACUCAGAGUAAAGCCAGAGGAUCGAUUGUCAGCCACAGAAUGUCUUGAACAUUGUUGGCUCAGUGAGGACCUUCCGCGUUUGACAAUGCCAAGCAAUGCUUUCAAAGACUGCAGUGAUUUGUUAGACAAUAAUUUUACCACAAUCGAUACAUCAAUCGCACACAAUGGAACAAACGGAGUAUACCACAACAAAUACAAUUCAAUCAAUGAAUCAUCGGAAGAAACAGUCGAUGCUGAUGUAGCAGUACAAUCGAACAAAGACUAUAACAAAGAAAAUAUCUUAGGUAACAGCAAUCAAAGUAAAUACAGCAUACAAGCAUCGUCAAUGGCAGCAGUCACAGGUGUUUUAAAUGGAUCAAAUACACCACCAUCAGUUCCAAUUAGUGAUUACAAAUUCGAAGAUCGCAACGACGAUCUCGUGAAUCCCACAUUAUCAACGUCAACUAUUACCAUCAAUCCAUGCGAGAUGAAUCGUCAUCAAUCGUCACUGUUUCCCGAUGCACCAACAACGCCAAAAGUAUGUCGAAAAUCGUCGCCCGAUUCACCGCCCAGCGUUAAGGCUCUGGUGAAAAAAUUCCAAUUAGAAAAUUCGGAUGCCAUUUCAACGUCAUCGACGAACGGAACGAAUGGCCACGGUGACACCGACGGUACGACAUGCGAGGAGGAUUUUUGUUCGGCCCGAUGCAGUGUGAAUUGUAUGCCAUGCGGUCCGGGAUGUCGGCACUUGAACGGUCGCAAAUCGAUUGGUAUCGAUCAGGGUAUUAUUUGCUAGCUAAAGGCCAACGUGUUUCGUUUGCAGCAAUGCUUUCGUUGCACAUUGCGAAAAUAAUUUUUAUUUUGAAUUUUUUUUUCAUCAAUUUUUUUACAAGUUUUUUUCUUUCCCUAAUUCCUAAUUAUUAUCAUUAUUUUGCAAUGUUGAUCAUCGUCAAUUACUAUUAAUCGCCUAUCGUAUUGGAUAUGUUUGUUGGCAUGUCCUCCGAUUUGAUUUUUUUAGAGAAAUCUUUUUUCGUUAUUUUUUUUGAAAUUCAUCUUUGAAUCCAAUUUGAAUUCGUUUGGUUUACCAAUGUCUCUGUGACAGAGAUGCAGCGUAAAUGGAAAUAUAUAACAACUAGAUGAUAAGUGAAUGGUUUUUUUUUCUCAUUCAAUUACAAGUCAAAUGUGUACUAAUUGUAAUUUCUCAUAAAUGUAUGCCUUCAAUGAUCUUUAAUUCGAUUGCAAAGCAGUUCUGCAGGGAUAGAAAAAAUAUUUUAAAGAAAUUGUUAACUGGAUUUGGAUUUGGAUUACUGCAGUAUAGUAGAGAGUUCAAAUCGCGUAUGGCGUGAAAAAAUUUAAAGGAAACAGCAAAACAAUGAAGACAAUAAACAAAAGACAAUCUUUCCUAAUAA